UGUUGAAGAAUCGAACUCUUUUUUUUUUAAAAUAUUUAUAAUUAAAAUUUCAGUAUGGAUUCAACUGUUUUAUUGAAUGUUUGCCAUAGUUUUAAAAUAUUAAAUUAAAGUUAAAUUAGUAGUAUUAAUAUAAAAUGAACUAUUUUUUAAAGUUCAUUGGUUUUAAUUUUCAAAAAAGUCUACAUGUUACGUUGAAGAAAACAUCUUUUGCACAUUCAGCUGUUUCAUUGAAAAAUAAAUGUGGUUCUAAAGGUCCUCCUUGGCGUAUUAUGUUCUUUGGUAAUGACGAUUUUUCUGUCAAAAGUCUUCAAAUGCUAACAUCCAAAAUGAGAACACAAACUUUAAUCUCAAAACUGGAUGUUGUCACAACGUCUAAGGGCAAUGGUAUGGAUGUCAAAAGUUGUGCAGUUGAAGAGAAAUUAGAUAUAUAUGAUUGGCCUGUUUCUAAAACACUUUUAGAUGGGAAUUAUGAUAUUGGAGUAGUUGUUUCAUUUGGAAGAUUAAUACCAGAAGAGAUUAUUAAGUGUUUUCCACUAGGAAUGAUUAAUUUACAUGCUAGUCUUUUACCAAGGUGGCGAGGAGCUGCACCUAUUGUUUACUCUAUACUUAAUGGUGAUUUAACAUCUGGGGUUACAAUCAUGAAAAUUCAACCUCGUAGAUUUGAUAUUGGUGAAAUUGUUAAACAGCAUAGCUGUACAGUUGGCAAAGAUGAAACAGCAAAUGAACUAAAAAAAAAAUUAGCCGUUAUGGGUGGUCAUCUGUUGGUUGAUUGUUUUAAAGAAUUAACAAAAACUUUAAAACAUGCUGUACCACAACCUGAAAAUGGGAUUACUUAUGCACCCAAAGUUAAGAAAAAUUUAUCUCUUAUUAAUUGGGAUAUAUCAGAUUCCAAUUUAAUAUACAACAAGUAUCGAGCAUUAUGUGAUUUAAUGCCAUUAACAACAAAUUGGCAUAGGAUACCUGUAAAGUUAUUAAAAGUAUGCAAAUAUCAGGCACCAAAUGUAGAAACCGAGUUGAAACCUGGGAAAUUAGUAUAUGAUAAGCGAAAACACAAAUUGUUUGUUAAAUGUGGUGGUAAAGGAGGAUAUGUGUGUAUUGAAAAACUCAGAAUUCCUGGUCAUAAAACUAUGUCAGGUGAAGACUUUUACAAUGGUUUUGUUUAUAUGAAACCAGAUCACGAAUGUAAAUUUGGUGAUUGAGAAAAUUUGAAAAUGUUAGUACAUAAUUGUUUUGUAAGUGGAUUCUUGACUGUUAAAUAGUUUUUUUAAUUGUCUCAUUAUUAAAAUCAUA